GAGUCGAAGAACAUCGCUGCUGUGGAAGCUGCAGCGGACAUGGCGGAUAUAGAGCUCGAGGAGGACGUCGAGAAGCCGCAGCUGGUGAUCCAGGGCAAUGCAAAGGAGUCUGUGAAGGUGUCUGGCUUUGAGAACUACGCGGCAUCGCGAGCGGGUGCAACAAGGCCAACAGACACAAGAAGUCGUGGAGAAGCUGCCAGACAUCGGAGGCGCGACAUUGCCAAGCCUGUGUGA